ACACUCCCAGACACGGAGUCAGAGAGUCAGAGGAAGUGCAGGAGCCACUUCUCUCCAGAGCGCGAACUCGCUCACAUCAGUAUCCUCUGUGCAGGUUUAGUUUCGCAGCUCGGAGACGCGCCAGGAUGUUCUACUUCCACUGUCCGCCCCAGCUGGACGGAGAGUGCUGUCGCUCCAACACACUGAAUUCCAGCGGCUUUGGGAACCACGCCCCGGCGGAUUUUGACGAUGGAUUUCUUCGUAGAAAACAGCGCAGAAACCGAACAACAUUCACUUUGCAACAGCUGGAGGCUCUGGAGGCUGUCUUCGCUCAGACCCACUACCCGGACGUGUUCACCCGGGAGGAGCUGGCCAUGAAGAUCAACCUGACCGAGGCCCGCGUGCAGGUUUGGUUUCAGAAUCGCAGAGCAAAGUGGAGGAAGACGGAGCGAGGGAGCUCCGACCCCGAAGGAGGGAAGGAGCAGAUGAGCGAGGGCACUCCUCCGUCUCGCAGCCUCAACUCUCAGUCCCCGGUGGACCAGAGCAGAAAACAGAAGGAACCGCUGGAGAUGCAGCAGAGCAUCAACAGGACUGUGGGUCCUGGUGGUCCCUUCUUCCCGUCUUGUAUACCAGGCUCCCUGCUCAAUUCUGCCACCUACGCCCAGGCGCUCUCCCAGGUCGCCACCCUCAAAGGUAACGGCCUGUGCUCCUGCUGUGUUUCUGACCCCAUGGGUCUGUCCUUCCUGCCGCCCUACGGUUGUCAGGGCAACCGCACAGCCAGCGUGGCCGCCCUGCGCAUGAAGGCUCGGGAGCACUCGGAGGCCGUGCUGCAGUCCGCCAACCUGCUCAGUGCGGCAACCGGGCCCAGUGCCGGCGUGGGAGUCCUUUCAGGGGUCGGCGUCAGCUCGGUCGGGGUGGCGAGGCCCUCGAUGGGUCCCGCCAUUGAGGUGCCUGGCUCCAUUGGAAGAGGGGGAGACAGCGCAAGUCCCAGCUCGGCCUCCAAGGUCCCAGUCAUGGGCAGUAGUCCUGACAAACACCCUCAAUGCUCCAAGGAUCCACUGGAGAAGAAGUGAGGCGCUGGACGUAAAAAUGGAUACUCUCAAUCUCUGUGAUCGUGCCUGUUAUUUCUUCUUUACUCGACUCUACUCUGGUCGUAUGAGCAACUAAGCACAACUACUGACUGACUCCAGAAACAUGCGGGGAGAGACUUUGCUGAUACAGUGUAUGGAUGCAAACAAUGAAUAUUUAUUUGACAGUAAAUUAUUAUUGUUUGUGAGAUGCUGAAUACUUGGGGCCUUGUUAUCCCCAUUAAAGCACAAGUGUGGUUUUGGAUCUAUAUUUGUCUUCAUGCACUCUUGGACUCUAUUUGAUGGACAUAACAUAGAUGCGACAUGUGUGCAAAAAAGACCUAUUUGAUAAUGUGAAUUUAAGUAACCCUGCUACGGCUCCUCUUGUUUUCUUAAAGAGGACAGAUGCUUACAAUGUGAAUGUUAAUGCAUGUGAACUGUGAGUGUAGAGCUAACGGCAGGACAGUGAGGAUUUUUGCAGGCAAUACGAUGGUUAUUGCAUCAGGUCGGUAAUGGGCUCAAACAAUCGUCUCUGGUUUCUUUUUCUUUUUAAAGUGAAAGUGCACUUUAAUAUUAAUCAGCCAUUUCCAGUGUAAAUGUGUACAUGUGCCAGAAUACAGUAUGUCCACGUGUGAAGCGCAGGCAGGCUGAAGCAGACUCAGCGACAGAGCGGCUCUGUUAGCACAUCUGUAGCGCCAGCAGACAGGGAACACACCACUCCUGUUGUGACAUGUUCUUUAAAACAAUUAAAGAUGUAGUCGCUCAUGUUCCUCUCCUGUUGCCUCUCGCUCCAGCCAUCUGUUCUUAUACAUUAUUUAUCAGCCUCUCUUAAAGCUGGGAGGGGAGAGCAAUCCUGACUCUUAUUAUUUAUUUACUUUUAGGAACGCCGGCCCCCCUCUCUACCUUCUCUCCCUCUCUGAGCGGUUUUUAAUAAACCCCAUUAAACAUGAUAUAUGCUAUUUAUUAAUAUUGAAUUUACAUUUAAAAAAAUAGAAUCUAUCAUCACCUCAGGGCUCCUCACACGGCAGUUCAUCACAGGCAAUACAUUUCUUGAAUCAUUAUUCCUAAAUAUCUCCUCUCACUACAAUGACUCCUGAAUAAAGGCUCAGCUGAUCACACAGAGAAUACUUAACCGCAGAGCACACAACCAGUAGUUGGGCUGAUUCAAUUUGUGUCCUUGAGGAUCUUCGGGAAAUUACUUUUGAUAGUCAAUAACACAAUUAAGUAAACUACACAAACAUUACCAUGAAUAAUUGAUAAGAAAUUAUGUAUUACCAUGAAGUACUGGUUCAAUAAUUGAUGAGGCGACACCCC